AUGGCGAACCGUGUUGGCUCACAUGUCGUCCCAAUCUCAAAGCUUGACCAGAAAUACACGGUCGGCAGCACAGGCAUCUGGGAAACGAUCCGCAGGAUAUUUGCUAUUGAUCCCAAUCGAAGCAGCGGCAUACCCCUCAAUCCUCAAUACCGUAACCCACCUCCAGGCGCUUUAGACCCGAAAGGCUACGACGAUCCAGUCACACUUCCCUCAGCGGAUAUCGCUGACAAUCCAUACUGGAAACGAGACGUGCGACGGAGUUAUCCGAGGAUCAGCGCAGUCACUCAGGGGGAUGUCGUUGGCCUGCUAAGUGUAGGCAGUGCCGCAAAUCCGAGCCCGAAGCUGUUGGCUGGAGCAGAGGGCUCGAAGCAACUGGUGGCGGCGAAGAAGGAUGGAGAAGAGAAAGGGUUGGCAACGUUCUUUCAGCAGCAGAAAGCCGUGGGAAGUGUGCUGGGAGAAGAUGGUAUGCCGCCAUUCCCAACACCGGGAGGGGGGACCCAGCACAGCAAGAGGUAUGAGCUGGAAGAGGAACAGAGCUAUGAAAAUCAAUAUCCGUGUAGGAGCUUCUCGUAG